AUGGAGUUUUGCAUAGAAAUGUUUAAUCUUGCCCCAGUGAAAGGUUAUGAGGAUGACGUAGGAACUAAGACAAAUUUCACCACUGUCAACCAAUCCAUACUCAGCAAGGGAGAGGACCCCUUAGUUGGAAAGGAAAGCAUAGCAGCAUUUGACGCCCUCCAGCGGCAGUUUCAGGGCAGCUUGCUGUGGGUUCCAGCUUUCAGCCAGAGAGGAUACUACGAGUUCGUCCAGAGGAUUGUCAACGUCAGCCUUGCGUCAGGAAUAAUGAAACCCGUUGUUCAAAAUCCAGGCCAUUUCAUUGGCAUGAUGAGACUCUGGAGGGCGCUUCACAGACGAAGCGACUGGCCAUCCACGGGACUGUACAUAGUGUCAGCUGCAUUCGAACUCUGCGAGGAGAUUGACGUGUUUGGCUUCUGGUUCUACGAGACGUCGCUAGAGGGCGUCCCCGCACCGUACCACUACCACAAUGACAUCAUCUUCGGCACACGACACAGUCGCUUCAAAGAGUUUCAGGACCUCGUGAAUUUUCACGAGAUGGGAAUUUUAAAGAUGCACUUUGGGAGUUGCAAAUCCUGAUAAGAAGAUAGGCAAAUGACCUGCCGUAUUCACCUAUCUCUUUUACCUUAAACUUAAAUGCCUUUUUUAUCAUAUGGGGGCGCCGCCAUCCUUGGGUUCAAACCAUCGGAUGAAUUUGAAGUUAUUAAAAUAUUUGAUAUACAAAUAUUUAUCA